AACCGUUUGCAACGUACUCGAGAAAUGUUAUGUCAAGCAGUGCGUAGCAUAAGCAGAGCGACACCCGCCGGCUUUGCCGGAUUAUGGAACCUGUCUGAUUCUCUUCAAAUGCUAGGCUUAUAUAAAGGCGAUGCCCAUGCAGAAGUCUACGCCAUCGACCCUCGAACGGUUCUCCGACCGUCAGAGCUUGAGGGCGCGCAGCUAGACAAGGUGGCGGCCCUCAUCCGCGUUCCUGUGGAAUCGGUGUCGAAACUGUCAAAGGGUGUUUCGGAGCUGGCGGAUAUGGACGAGCCUGGCAAUGCUUGGUACUUUGGCCAGCGAGCCGAGAUCUUUGACUACAAGCUGGUCGGCGAGUUCCCCACGAAAUCAGGCUUCGCAGCGUUCAUCUACCGGGAAGUACUGGAGAAGAUUCGGCAGGGCGAGGCGACAAACAAGAAGCUCCCAACCUGGGAGGAAUUCCUGGCGCUGACAAGCGACCAGGUCACCUGGCCGCACAGGAAGACGCCCUUCCUCUUCGCAGGCCGUAUGGUGGAGGCUUCGAUGGCUGCGCUGUAUACACUGGAGAAGGAUGGACGCGUCACUGGCGUGCUCAUAUCCAGCGAGUCUUCCGGAGACGUCGAAUAACGCCUGAUAGCGACCGCUGUUUUAUGCUUCCUUCUUCGCCUUAGCAGCAGCUAGCCUGUGAUCCACGGACAACGCAAGGACUGAAGUGCGCGAAGGCCAUCUGCAUCAGGGGAAGAUGGAAUGCCGUAUACUUACUUCUCCAUAAAGCUGGUGUACUUGUACUCAUCAUAUACCAUGAACCAAACAGGGAACAAGAACACGCCCGUAAGCACCAGCGUCCGGAAGAAGAGAGAGCCCAUUGGCAUAGGCUCGAACUGCGCAUUAUGAAGUGGAACAAAAAGAAUUGUAUUUAUCUUGCCAUAUCGCAUGUGCUAAAUCAAUCGUCUGGUGUUUGGCCGCUUAAUGCAUACGUUGUAAGUGAGUUUGUUG